CCCCUAUGGUGGGUGGCUGUCACGGUACCGCACGGUGGGGGUGCGGUUUGUGGUGAUCUGGGGGGUGUCGUCUGUGGAGUGUGCGCGUGACCUGCUCUGCUCCUUCUUCUCACCGCUGCACAACGGCCGAGUCCCCGUCUAUCCACUCAAGGUGGUAUUUAUGGGACCCGACCCCCCCUCCUUCGCCUUCAAGGCCCUGCUGGGGUUCUUCAAGGGCAAGGCGAGCUACAUGCAGGGGCAGAUGGACCGUCCAGAUGACUUUGAUCGUGUGGCUGCCAGGGACGCCCUCGCCAUCUACCUCCUGGCCAAUAGGAGCGCAGAGGACCCGGAGAGUGAGGACACGGCGCAGCUCAUUCGAGGGCUCGUGGCACACCGGUCAUGCCGGGGGCGCGUGAGAGUGGUGGUGGAGCUGCUGCGCCCACAGGUGGAGGGCAGGGGUGCCAUGUGGGGGGAGGUGGGCGCGUUGGAGCUGUUCUGCCCCGACCCCACGCGCUUCUGCCUCCUCGCUCGCAGCUGUGAGGUCCCUGCCGUGAGCACGCUCAUCACGAACCUCUUCUCGUCGGGCCCGCCGCUGCCACCCCUUCGAGCGGCCCCGCACCUCAACGAGUACACGCAGGGGCAGCGCAUGGAGGCCUUCCCCCUGCUGCUGCCCCCGGCCUUCCAUGGCAUGCCCUUUGAAGCGUUGGUGGAGGUGAUCUACCGCGCGUACCGAGUCAACUCAAAAACUCUUUCCAUCGACAUCUGCCUCCAUGAAACGCCAGAUGAAACGACAGAUGAAACGGAAGAUGAAACAACAGAUGAAACGCGUCCACCACACGCUCUUUCCGGCUCGUCAAGACCCCUCGCCACCCCAUCCAUUGUGCACUACGGCCCCCGCCUUCACCCCCUCAAGAAAAUCGUCCGCUCCUCCUCCAUCUUCCCCGCUUCCUUCGGUGUGGGUGGGGAGGAUGGGAGGCAAGAGGGGAUGACGGAGGGGGAGCAGGGAGCAGAGGAGGAGAGGCAGGUGGUAGGUGGGGAUGGGGACGGUAACAGGAGGGCAGCUGGGAGAGGGGCAGCGGAUGGUGCCACUGCCAGCUUGCGAAAGAUUUUUUUGUUUCCACGGGGACACGUGAUUGGUCCGCGGGAUGUGGGGCAUGUGAUAGCGCCGGAUCUUGCUACAGUGGAGCAGAUCUCCCGGGCGGCGCACUCGCUGUCUGCAUGGGAGGCGGGCGGCAGGUGGGGCGGCAUGCGCCGGCCAUACACUGGGAGAGGGGAAGGGCGUGAUGUGGAAGAUCCAUUCGAGAAAGUAGUUGACAUUCAUGAGGAGGGGGGGGAAAGAGGGGGGGAGGAGAAAGGGGAGAACUGGAAGGAGGAGGAGAAGGAAGAUUUGGAGGAGAAUUGGGAGGAGCGGGAGAGGCCUGGUGGGGAGAGGAAGGGUGGAAAAGGUAAUCUAAGUCAAGCCAGCUCUGGUGUACAGUCCUCAGCUGCCCCGGCCACAGGCGAAGUUCUCGUGACAAGUGACGGGGAUCAUGCCACGCCUUUCAGAGUUCCCAAGGGGCGCCCGCAGGCCGCCAAGCUUCUGCAACUGAUGGGUGCAGCGUGCGCCACGUGGGCCCGCGCUUCCAGUGCUGCCUGGUCAGCAGAGGCCCUGCUGACGUGGCGCCAGAUCAGCCUGGAGAGGGCGGGUGAGGGGGCGAGUGGAGAGGAGGUUGUUGAGGGAUUGGGGGAGGAGGAGGGGGAGGAAGAGGAAGAAGAGGAGGAGGUGGGUAGACGGGUGGGUGAGAGUGGAGGAAGCAGGGCGAGCGGAGAGGCAGAGGAGGGUAGGGAAGAUGGCGGCAGGAGGAGCAGCGGUGAGAGAAGAAGCAGUGGGAAGAACAGUAGUGAAAGAAGCAGCAGUGGGAAGCACAGCAGCAGGAGGCGCAGCAUGUCAGAGUGGCUAUCAGAGGAGUCUCUAGCUCGGCAGCUGUUCCAGGCCAUGCGUGCCGCUGCCUCCCAACGCGCCUCCCUCCUCCUCUCCCGCUCUGCCUCCUCCUCCACCACCCGCCCUGCUGCUGCCUCCUCCACCCGUCCCGCCUCUGCCUCAUGGCCUCGUGGACCCUCUCACGUGCCUCUCCCUCACUCCUCCACCCAGCGUGGGGACGAGGAGAGGCUGAGCAGGGCAGGAGAGGCAGCGGAAGGGGGAGGGGAGAGCAAUGAGUGCGCCACAGAGCAGCACGAGCAACACGACGACGAGGACAAGGCACUCAUGGCCAAGAGCAGGGCGCUGGCCCGCCAGUUAUCAAGAAAAGUCUCCUCCCGUGCAAUCUCUCGUGCUCUCUCCCGCGCUCCCUCCGGUGCUCUCUCCCGUGCUUCUUCCCGCUCCCGCUCCUCCACCCGCUUUUCCCGCCAGCCCACCCUUGAAUCCCCGUCUGCCCCUGCCCUUCCCGCGCCCCAGCCGCUGGCUCUCGUGGCGUCGGUCAGUGCAGUCCUGGACUGGCCUCCCACUAGGCCCUCGCGCCGCCUCUCGCUCUCCUCCCGCCGCGCCUCGCUCUCCUCCCGCCGCUCCCUGCCUUAUCCUCACAGUGCCUCGCUGGGCUCUCGCUCUCACACGAGCACGGUUGCUCCGAAGGGAGUAACUAGGUACACAAGCGCAGGUGGAUCGAGUAUAGACGCACCAGGGGUAGGUGUGGGGGCAUCUAACCGCACAGAAGCAGGUCCUGGGAGCAAUGGAGCACGAAAAGUUGCGCGAUCUGGUCACCGAGAAGCAGGACUUGGGAGUGUGGAUGAAGCAGGCACGGAAACAGAAGGCGAGGAAGCAGCAUGGGUGGGUGCAGCAGCAGCCAGCGUACUGGACACAGAGCCUCCUGCCCUGCCUGCCCGCCCGCACCCGUCCACGCUACAGCGCAACCGCAGCAAGAUUGCUGCGCACCUGCAGAGCCGCACGCUGGCAGCCGUGGAUGGGGUGCUGCCUCAGGCGCAUGUGCUGGUGCUCAUGCAGAGCGACUGCUGGCCGCACUCCCUGCACUACUUUGUCAGCUUUCUCAGGAGGGACACGGGCGCGUGGGAGGAGACAAGCACCGGCGGAAAAGGAGGAGGAGAGGAAGAAGGCGGGUCAUUCAAGGAAGGAGCAGGGGAACGGGAUGAUGUGUUAGGGGGGGAUGAAGGAGGGAGGGAGGUUGCAGAGGAGUGUGUACCGAUCGUGUUUCUACGGCUACAGGAGCCAAGUGAGGAGCAGUGGGGGUGUGUGGGGCACCAUCAGCACGUGUACUUCGUCAGAGGCUCGCCCAUCUCCCCCAUGGACCUCCUUCGAGCCGGCGCUCUCUCUGCAGCCAAAAUAGUCAUAAUGGCAUCAGACACUGUGGCCUCGCCCAUCACCGUAGGGGCAGUGGGGGAGGAGAGCGACAGCAGCAGCGCCAGCACAGCGGCGGCAGCAGUGGGUGCGGGCAUAUUCGCGCAGGACGUGGAGAACGUUCAGAUCGCUGCUGCUGUCGACCGCCUCCUCUCCUCCCACUCCCACUCCGCCUCCCCUUCCUUCUUCUCCUCCGCUUCCUCCUCCUCUUCCUCCGUCCAACCCGACUUGCACCUGACCGGCACCGACACCUCUGUUUCCUCGGCCCACCAGCAGCACCCUGCACCCUCAGCACCAUACGCGCAUGCCACACACCCGCAUCAGUUCCCACACAGCAACCGUGUGCUGUGCGAGGUGCAGCACGAGGAGAGCUUCCAGUUCCUGCCACCGCUCAGCGUGCUGCACGGCGCGCUGCGGCAGUGGCGAGUGUCACGCCGUACCACUCUCAUCAACCACUCACUGCUGCUGCGCUGUGCACCUGCCUUCAUUGAUGGCCGCGCCUCCUGCCCUGCUGGCCUGCUCUUCCUCAUCCACGGUGCGCUGUUGAACCGCAACCUGAGUACGCUGGCAGACCUGCUCAUUGCAGGCGGCCCUAUUUAUGCUCCUCACGAGGCACAGGCACUGCUCACACUCCACCGGCAGCAGCAAGAGCAGCAAGAGCAACAGCAGCAGCAGGGGCAGCAGCAAAGGCAUCAGCAACAAUCCACUUCUCCCAACACUGCCGCAACUGCACCUUCCAACACCCUCCCCACCAGCUCCGACUCCCACUCCAACCCCCAGCACCGCUCUGCACCACUCCGGAGAGAGCUGGUGCUGGAGGAAGUACCAGCAGAGUUUGUAGGAGGGUCGUUCGAGAGUCUCUUCCUUGGCCUGCUGCAGCGGUAUGGGCAGCUGGCUGUGGGGCUGUACCGCUGCGGUGGGGUGGGGCAGGGGGGCCCUCCAGUGCCGUAUGUGGCCACCAACCCUGCUGCUGAUGCCACUGUGGGCCGCCAUGACCGCGUGUAUGUGGUGCGAUAG